AACAGUGGACCAACAGGCGCGCGACGCGACCAGCGAAUCAAUUCAAACAAAAGUCGCGUUUUGUUUGACGAUUUGAAAGUAUUUACGUAUGCGCUAUUUUGUAAUCAAUUAACCAUAAAUUGAUAGUAAAAAUGUCCCGGAACCUACCCUUGAGGAGCAGUCAAUUAUUAUUUACCAUCAGUCGACGGAAUUACGCAACAAAAGCAGCCGCCCAUCCCCGAUCUAAUCGCUGGAAGAGCGUAAUCGGAUUGGAGGUGCACGCUCAAAUCCAAACAACCUCCAAGUUGUUCUCCGGCGCAGAAGUAGCUUUCUCGUCACCCAUCAAUUCGUGUGUUUCGUUGUUCGAUGCCUCCACUCCCGGGACACUUCCCGCGUUGAACCGCAAGUGCGUUGAAAUGGGUGUGCGAACGGCACUGGCUUUGGGCUGCACGAUAAACCCGAUAUCGAUGUUCGACCGGAAGCACUAUUUUUACGCGGAUUUGCCUGCCGGUUAUCAAAUAACGCAACAACGGGCACCGCUGGCUAAGGGUGGUCUGUUGACGUUUCCGGUGCUCGUACCUCGUGUAGCUCAAAAGCCCUACUACAAAUCUGCUCGGCUUCAUCAGCUGCAGUUGGAACAGGAUAGUGGGAAAUCGCUACACGAUCCCAUCGAACGGAAGAGCUUAGUAGACUUGAAUCGUGCUGGAGUUCCUCUUAUGGAGUUGGUUUUUGAACCGGAUCUGGAAACGGGAGAAGAAGCAGCUGCUCUGGUUAAAGAGUUGAUACUGAUACUGACUCGACUUGGGAGUUGUUCUUGCAAGAUGGAAGAGGGUGCUCUUAGAGUCGAUGCUAACAUUUCCGUGCAUCAGGAAAACACUCCCUUGGGAACCCGAACGGAAGUAAAGAACAUCGGUUCUGUCCGGGCUGUUGCCCAGGCGAUCGAAUUCGAAAUUGAACGACAGGUUAAUAUCCUGGACGGCGGUGGAAUAAUAACGAAUGAAACACGAGCUUGGGAUGCAGCCGGCAAGCGAACCAUAGCCAUGCGUGACAAGGAAGUGGUGCAAGAUUAUCGGUUUAUGCCGGAGCCAAAUCUGCCACCAUUACACGUGAACGUCGAAGGCGAAUGCGAUGUCGAUGUCCUAGUAGACGCCGUGCAUAUCGCAUCCAGUUUACCGGAACUACCGGAGGAAACCCGACGACAGAUAGUGGAAGUACAUAGUCUUACACCGGAAAUGGCCAUCAUCCUCGUGAACGACAUUACGCUGCACAGCCAUUUCCAUUCGAUCGUUAGCGAACCAAACAAAACGCGCUCUCCCAAGACCGUAGCAAAUUUCCUCAUCAAUGAAUUUCUCACAAUUCUAAACAAGAACAAAAUGGCCAUCGAAGAUUGUCGAAUCCCUUGGUCUCAUUUAGCCGAGUUAACUGACAUGCUGCAAGAUGACAUGAUAAACCCCCACCUGGCCAGGUUAAUUCUGCAACACUCGCUAGAGCGGGAAGGCACGGAAAGUCCUGCAGAAAUUGCACGGGCUAACGAUUGGCUGAUGAUAACCGAUCCCAACCGUAUCGAGGCACUGUGCAGAGAUGUGAUCGAGAAGAAUCCCAAAGUGGUGGAAAAGUACCGCAAAGGGAAGGAAAAGAUGCUGUACGCACUAGCCGGUGAGAUUGCCAAAGCUACGGAGCAAAAGGUGCACAUGGCGAAGGUUGUUGAUUUGUUGAAGAAAAUGCUGAAUAAAAAGAAUAUUCAGUAACAA